AUGAGUAAAAAAUUGUUCGAUUCUAUGUUUAUAAAAUUCAAAAUAUGGAAAUAUACAGAAUUUUUUAAAGUAUUUUGGACUUAUAUGUUGUAUUAUAUGAUUCCUAUUGUUUCAAAAUUUUAUGUCAAAGAAAGUGAUAGAUAAGAAAAGUUUUGGAUAUCUGGAGGGUUUAAUGAAGAUAUAAUAAUGAUAAUUUUGUUAAAUGCUAUCUUUUAAAUGAUAUUUUCAAUAAUAGAUUAUAAGUAUGCCUGGUAAUUAAUUAGAAUUAUUUAUUUCAAAUAUUUCAAUAAAUAAUCAAAUUUAACUUAAUUUGAAGCUAACAAAUUAUAUUUAAAAAAAAUAGAUUUCCAUUAAAAAAGCAUUUAAUUAUUUAUUUUAGUUAACUUAUGUAGCUUAUUUGGUUGUUUGUUUCCAAUCUGCUAUCCUAUAACUAUCAUAUCAAUUUUAAUUAUCUAUUGGUUAAAUAAAUAUUAACUUAUUCAUAAUGGAACUCAUUAAAAGAUAAAAUUUAAACGAAGAUUAAAGAAUAUAAUCAUGUUGCUUAUUACUUUUAAUUAAUAUUUAUCUCAUUCCCUAAUACUUUUAAAACCAGAUGGAUAUUUUCAUCCUAUAUUCGAUCCUCUGUAUUUUGCUUUAUAAGUGGUUGGAUGUAUUAUAUUUAUUGUUAAACGACAUUGGAUUUUUCCAAAGAGAAUCUAAACUCAUUAAACAAAUAUUGAUAUAAUAGAUAGCCAUUUUCAUAAUUAUUUAUACUCUCAAUACAAUCCAGUAUUAAAUGAAAAUAUUUUGAGAAAUGUGUCAGAUGGAGAAGUUUGUUAAUAAAUUUUAGAGAAAGGAGCAUAAUGUAGGUUUACAAGAUAAGAGUAAUUUUACAAUUCUCUCUAAGUAAAACUGUUGAGAGAAAUUGAAAAGACAUAGGUUUCAAGUGCUCAAAUAUAACCUAUAUCAAGUGCUCAAGUUUAACCUAUUUCAAGCGAUGAAAAUGAAAAUUUAGUAGAAGAUUAGGAUGGAGAUGAAAUUUAAGUAGAAGAUUAGAAACUUUUAGAUCAAUAUUUAUUAUAAUUAUUUUAAAUUGAUCUCUCAGAUAAAUCUGAAUAAAUAAAAAACAUUAAGUAAAUUCUUGAGAAAUCGACUGGUAGACAUUAUUUUAUUUUUGGGUUGAAUUAAUUAUACACUAGAUUAUUUAAAUAGAAAUAAGCAAGUAAAUUUCAAUAUUAUAAUAGGAUUUUAUUUAACCUUAACUAAAGUAUAGUUUAUGGAAUUAUUAGAAUUAAUUAGAUAUUGGUUAAAUUAUAUUCAUUUGAAUGAAAUCUAUGAUAUUUAUGAUUUAUUAUUAAAAUCAGUUACAAUUAUAACAAUAGAUGGAAAAGAUAAAAUUACUUUGGCCUCAUAAUUAUCAGAUAUUCCUCUUUGGACUAAGAUAGAUACAUGGAUAGAAUUAUUUUACUUUAUUAGAGUCAAUAAAAUUGAUGAAAAGAAAAAAUAAGCUUAAUCAAUUAUGGAAGGAUACUUUUUUAUUGAAUAAUAAUUACAUGAUUAGAUAAAAAAAACAAAAAAUGAUUUAAUUUUAGAUGAAAUUAAUCUAUUUAUCUCUUCCUUGCAAUUACCUACAGAAUUAUCUACAGAAAUAAUUAUUAAAAUAGCAUAAAAAUGCAAUGAUAAAAUUAGUAUAUAUCAUUUGGUAAAAUUAUUGAAACAAUAGGAAUAAUUUCCUAAUACAUAAUCGUAGAAAUUGUUCAAAUCAAGUAAAGAAAUGCUAACUCAUAAAUCUUAAAAAUAUUAGAAAAAAUAACUUAAUAUUUAUGAGAAUAAAGUAAUCCAAGGAUGUGGAGCUUGUUUAAAGUAAGGAUUGUUUUAUUAUUAGAUUUUUAUCUAUUCAUGAUUAACCAUAAAAGUUACUAAUUCUUAAUCGAAACUUUAAUAAUUAACUAAAAAAUAAAAUUAAGAAAUUUUAUAUGGGAAAUUACUAAGUGUUUUCAGAGGAAUCUACUCAUAAAUUGAGAUUGAGAUUAAUGUCUUAGGCUUUAAAAUUAAAAUAAUUCAAUAUUGAUUAUUUUGAAAUGAAAACAAAUGUUGGAAUUUAAAUAGGUGUUGAUGAUCAUGAAAACUCUUUUGAUUAGGAUAAAUUUAUAAGGGAUUUAAUUCAUGAUGAUGUUGAGCAAAUUCUUGACAUACACUAAGACUAAAUUUAAUCAGAAGAACUUUUAAGUAUAUUGAGAAUCUAUACCUUAUAUAAUUAAGAUAUUAAAUAAAUAUUGUAAAAGCAUGACUUAUAUUGCAGGAUAUCUAUAUUUCACUUUUGAGGAUUAGGAAAUUGCAUAUAAGAUUUUUGAUAGAAUGAUGAAUCUUUAUUUUAAAGAAUUAUAUAUUAAUGAUUUUUCAAAAUUGGUAAAAAUCAAUUAUUUAUUAUAGAAAACUGAAUUAUUUAUUUUUGAAAGAUUGUUCUCUAUUUUUUUACCUGAAUUAUCUUCAUAUUUGAUACAUUAGAAAAUUGAUAUCUCUUAUUGUGUAGCUACUUGGUUAAGUACUUUAUUUUCACAUUUAUUUCAUUAUAGCUAUAAAUCAGCUUUUUUAAAUGUGAUAUGGGAUUUAUUUUUAGCUGAAGAAUGGAAAGGUAAAUGUAUGCUAAUACUCAAAUAGGAUUUUAUAAAGUGAUAUUUUUUAUAUUUUCCUUAAUACAAUAACAGAUACUAAAUCUUGAAAUUUAUGAGAUUCAUCUUUAUUUAAUUUAUUUGAUGAAAUCUGAAUUAUUUAGUAUAAGAACAGAAAAAGAGCUAAUCUAAUAUAUAUAAAGAUUUGAUAAAUCCAUUAAAGAAGAUGUAUCGAUCAAAAAAAAUAUUCUAUCACAAUUUAGAAUCACUAAUAGAAUGCUAAUGAGUCUUUAAUUUGAAUAUUACAGUUUUAAAUUGAAGUAGGAGAAAAGGUUGAAUUAAUACAUUAACAGAUGA